CCGCCUCAUCAAACAAAGUCGCGUCCGUAUGAGAUCUAGAGGCCAUGCCGACUCAACGAAGAGGCCAUGCCGCCUCACCAAUAAGACCGAAGGAGUGAAAAUUUAACUAAGUUCGGAAGAGGCCAUGCCGCCUCAUCAAAGAAGAACACGUCCAUCUAGAAUAAAGAAGCACAUGCUAUCUCAAGGAAGGCCCGGUAUGUGAAAAAUAUUCUAAGUAUGAAAAUAUAGGGCCAUGUGGAUGAUUAAGAUGUCCAUGGCCGUGUCAUAUGUGACAGCCAUGGACACGAGACAAGAGGACCUGGGCGCGUGAAAAAUACUAAGUAUGAGGAGGCCAAUGCCUUCCAAAGGAAGAGGCCACAGACAUGAAUAAGAAGUCCAUGGUCGCGAAUAAAGAGGCAAUGCCGCCUCAUGAUCUAAAUCAAAUAACCAAAAAUAUUCUAAGUAUAGGGAAGGACUUGCUGCUUCAUGAGGGAGGCCAUGUCCAUGAUUGAGAGGUCCAUGGGUGCAAACAAGAGGCCAUGCCAUAUGAUAAUUCUGAGGGGCCAUGCCGCCUCACAAGAGGAGCCAUGGACACGAAGGAGAAUGACAUGGGGAUGAAAUAUUAUAUCACUAGAGACUAAGUCCCAAGAGGGCCAUGGACAUGAGUAAGGAAGUCCAUGACCGUGAUAUAUGCGGCAAGCUACAAGAUCCUACGACGGUUUCAAGAGAGGUACCUAGGCAGUUGAGAAGUAACGGCUACUCAUCCCACGUUCAAAGGACACGGCAGCCAUGUUCCGAGGAAGCAGGGAGCAGUUCUUUUUGGAAGUUACUCUAUGACAGUUUCUACGGCGGUUAUCAUCUCAAGGCCUAUAAAUAGGAGGAGGAGUCGACAGAGGAGAGGCCCGCAAAAAUUACCACUCGACACCACUUGUCAAGUUUUUCAAUCUUGUCUUUCCUCUGCAAAUUUUUAUCAAUAGUCGUAGGUCUGGAGCUCUCUCAGAACCUCCAUAGGAGUAGGAGUAACUUAAUGUAGAUCUGUCUCGAGAGUCGUGUAAACAUCGAACACCCUCGUUCGAACUGUGUUUGAAGAGGCGUGAACCGUGUUUAGUGAUCGUUGUCCAAAGAAGUCAAAGGUGCAAUCAAUUUAUUUUCAACGCAAGUUUCUCACAGGGAAACAAAUUUGGCACACCUAGUGGGACCCUUGUGGUCGAUUCGAUGGCUCCGAGGCGGAGGAAUCUGGAAGGUGACGUUCCGGCUGGAUUCGUGGAGGAUCAGGUGGCCAACAUCGAGUAUGGCCAAGCAUCUGACGCGGUUGCCGGAGGAAAUGGUGGAGCAGAGACCUUGGUGGCGACUGCUCCUGGUGGAGAUCUUGGUGAAGCCGUGGGGGCCCUUCGUCAGAUGAUGGAGGAGAACCGCAAGAUGGUGGCUGACACCCAUCAAGCCACGGAGGAGAACCGCCAAAUGCAGAUGGAGAACCGCCGCAUGUUGGAAGAGACUCGGGCAAAUACUCAUCAGGUAAAUUCUCAGAUAGACUGUCUCAAUUCUCGCCUAGAUAGACGUUUUAGUCAAUUGCUUGAAGUAGUCAACAAAAAUGCAAAUGAGGUGGAUCAACUCCGACAGUCUUUAGGUAGACCAGUAGUGCAGUCAAGAGCUUUGCCAUUAGAUGGCAUAGGCCUAACGCCUACUAAUAGUGUUCUUUCUCCCGCCGGUGGUCGGAAUGGCCAACCACGGCAAGAGACCUUGCCGCCUCAAACGGCAAGCCAACCACCUCCACGUCGAGUAGGCGAUGUUGAGAUUCCUGUUACAACUCAAGUGGGGGAAUCGUCACAGGCACGCGUGGGAGUGGAAGUGGUACCCCCGCGUGGUGAAAACCUCGCCACCAUGUUCAACACUCGAGUUGAGCAGCCACCCGUGCAAGUGGGUGCUCGUCCCUCUAUCGCGGAGGCAAGACCCUACGUGGCUCCGGUGAAUUUGGGAGUAGGAGGAGGCCUAGGUGGUAACAUAGAUCAAAUCCCACCUCGAGGCUACCCGACUCCAAUGCCACCCCAUUUCAAUGGGCAUGGCAUGGACCCCAUUGGGUUUGUACCGUAUGCGGGGCAACAAGGAGGGCAUGAGGCCAACACUCUUAGAGAUCAGGUGGCUCAACUCCUCACGGAGCAGUUUGGCAUGGGAGUAAGACCUGCUAUGCCACCUGUAUACCGUAAGCCGUACCCAGAAUGGGUAGAUAGACUUUACCCGUUUCCAAGGGGAUUCAGAGUUCCCGAGUUUGCCACAUUCACAGGGACUGGAGAUCAGUCCACUGUAGAGCACGUUGGAUGUUUCACUGUCCAAUGUGGCGAUGUAGGAGAUUUUGUUAAGUUAAGACUAUUUGGAAACUCGUUGACAGGACCAGCUUUUGCUUGGUACGUCAACUUGCCGUCUAACUCCAUCCAGACUUGGCAACAGAUGGAACAAGUCUUCCACGCUCAGUUUUACAGAUCUGAGCCCGAGGUGUCCAUGGCUGACUUGGCACGUAUGCGCCAACAGCCAGGGGAAUCGGUUGAGCAUUUCUUGACUAACUUCAAGAAUGCCCGUAACCGUUGCUUUGUUAAUUUGACGGAGAGGGAGUUCGUCAAGCUGGCACAAGGGGGUUUGAGUUUUGAACUAAGGAAAAAAUUCCAAGAUGGGGAGUUCUCUGAUUUAUUUCAACUCAUGUCUUGUGCUGUAAGGUAUGAGUCUCUUUUACAUGAGGAAGAGAAUCGUAGGAGUGCAUCAAGGGGACCAUACUUCCCAAACUUAGAUUAUACCAUCAAUCAUAUUGGCCACGAGGCCAAUGAGGUUGAGGUAGACUUGGCUGAGAUAACUCCAGGGAAGCCAUACAUAUGUGCUUCCUUGUCUAAAGUUGAAGAGGGACCACAAGGGGGGAGACCCAAUCGUGCUCCCAUUCAGCCAAGGAAGUACUCCUUUGACGUCUCCAAGGCAGACUUGAUUUUUGACCAACUCUAUAAGGAUGGUCAAGUCAAGUUGACAGGGGGGCAUGUCUUUCCCUCGCCCGAGAAAUUAAAAGGGAAAAAGUAUUGUAAGUGGCAUAAUAGCAUGUCACAUGCCACUGAUUCUUGUGUGGUGUUCCGUAAUGUCUUGCAGGAUGCCAUUGAAAAGGGACGUAUCAAGUUCCCUGAAGCAAAGAAGGAUGCCAUGUUAGUGGACACUGAUCCGUUCCCCAAGGUGCUUGGCGUCAACAUGGUCAACCCGGAUUUCUCUAAAUUCGAGUUGCCACGCUUCAAGCUGGUGUUGGAUACAACACCACCUCGAAGAAGCCCCAACGUGGUUCUCGAGAAAGGGAGCUCGUCGGGUACUAAGCAAGCCAGGCCGGCCGCAAUGAUGACUGAUGAAGUGGACAAGUUGUGUGCUCGGUGCAAGAAGAGUCUCAAGCUUGACAAAGAUAAGUGGGGAUGUCCAUCUGUGGGGCAGGUGGUUUCCAAGAAGCCACAUCAACCCAAAGCCACACAUUUUUGUGAUAAAUAUGAUAAUAUGGUUAAGUAUGGACAAGAAGGCACGCCACCAAUCACAAACAAUGGACAUGAGGGCAAGUUUAAUAAGGAAAGACGUGGAAAAGGCAGAAAGAGUUGUCACAGUCUCGCAAAUUUGGCUAAGUCUAGACAAGGGAGCAUUUCACCCACCAUGAAGAAUGGAGUAGGGAGCAUCUCCAAGAAGACACAACAAGUCAAACCCCCACAUGGAUUUUGUAAGUGUGAGAUUAUGGACAAGGGUGGAUUGGGGGGCAAGUCCAUGUCAAUGAAUAGUAAGUACUCAACACUAACCACCAAGAGUGGACAUGGGGGCAUGUAUAAGAAGUCACCAUACAGACCAGCCAAACAUGGUUGCACAAAGAAUCAAUGGUGGUUGAGUGCUAAGUGUAGGGGCCAACAAGUUUUAUAUGUUGAAAGACGAAGACAAGAAAGCUACAAGAGUGGUUGUCGACUUGUCAAGCCUAGACCUGGGCUCCAACAUCGUGAGGAGAUUAAACAUGUAUCAAGUGGGAGGAAAUCAAGGCAGAAGAAUAAUCAUGAUAGCCUUGACAUGUCAAGUAAGGUGGCCCAAGCAAAGAAGCAUGAUACCUCAUGCAAGGCCACCAAAACUAGACAGGCUGACUAUGUACCACCCAUUAGUAAGCUAGAAAAUUCAAAGUUAAUGUAUGAAGAUUCAUCUCUCAUGGAGGAAAAGAGUCAUGUGGUCUAUGGAUGGUAUGUCUGGUUUGAUCCAUGGACUUGGCAAUGGGUGUACACCUUUGGUACAUUGAUUGUUGCCAAAGGCUAUGGAGAGCAGUGACAUUUGUCACUUCUUGCCAUAUAAAAUAAAUAAAUUUAUAUAAUGUACUUAUUAUAUAUUAGUUAUAAAAAAAUAUAUUGUAGCCAACCAUGGCUAAGAGAAAAGAUAGAAGGAAAAUAUCAAAGUGAAAAUCUUGAGUCGGAGUUGUUAGACUUCGACAUGAAGAUCUUGCCACCAAGUCAUUGUGAUGGCUUGACAUGAUGAGCCAUACAUCAGGCCAUGCCAUGCCAUGUUAUCUUGUCCCGAGUAGCCACGGCCUGGGGGGCAUGAUGGCUUGAAAGUGGUAGUAGAGGAGUGGUGACCAUAAUGUCUCUACCAACAUAAAAAUGAACAUUAUUUUUUCUAAGGCAAAAAAGUAGACGGCUUGACUUGUCGCGAUGGAGCUGUCUAGCCUUGUGACGAGGUGGGAUGAGCCAAUCUAUGCCAAAUAGGUGCGACAAAUUCUAAGUUAUUCUCUCAACCAAGUGGCCAAGUACGAGAUGUCAGUGAGGGUGUAUGUGAUAAAGUGAAGUUGGUGUCUUGUUGAAUGAAUUAGGUGGCUUGACCAUUAAAAGCCAAAAUUUGGCUAAGGCAUGAGAAAAGUUUUGACGUCGAGUUCCAUCCGGCCAUGUUGGCUUGAUAAUUAAAAGCCAAAAUUUGGCUAAGGCAUGAGACAAGUUUUGACGUCGAGUUCCAUUCUACCGUGUUGGCUUGACGUGAAAGCCAAAUUUUGGCUAAGGAUGAACUAGGUGUGUGUUGAGUAGACACUAGCCAGCUUGUUACUUUCGCUAGCAUGGUGGUGUUCAACUACUUAGUCCAUAAUUCUUAUGCACUAAGUAGUUGGGGGGCAUUUGUUUACACCAUAAAAUUUGUCUUGUACCACAUUGGUGAGUUACAAGAUAAUUAAUGAGUUUAUAAGGCCACCCCCAUUAUAACAAUUAAUGUUGUUUCAGUUGGGCCUUAUGGAUAUUGCUUUUAAGCCCAAGCCACUAAGUCUAAAGAGGGACAUGCCGCCUCAUCAAACAAAGUCGCGUCCGUAUGAGAUCUAGAGGCCAUGCCGACUCAACGAAGAGGCCAUGCCGCCUCACCAAUAAGACCGAAGGAGUGAAAAUUUAACUAAGUUCGGAAGAGGCCAUGCCGCCUCAUCAAAGAAGAACACGUUCAUCUAGAAUAAAGAAGCACAUGCUAUCUCAAGGAAGGCCCGGUAUGUGAAAAAUAUUCUAAGUAUGAAAAUAUAGGGCCAUGUGGAUGAUUAAGAUGUCCAUGGCCGUGUCAUAUGUGACAGCCAUGGACACGAGACAAGAGGACAUGGGCGCGUGAAAAAUACUAAGUAUGAGGAGGCCAAUGCCUUCCAAAGGAAGAGGCCACAGACAUGAAUAAGAAGUCCAUGGUCGCGAAUAAAGAGGCAAUGCCGCC